AUGGAUAAGCUUCGCCAGUCCCCUAUUCUAUUAAAGGACAUUCCGUAUACGUUCAAAGAUAUCUCGCUUUUGGACGACAGGGCGUUUGCAGGAGGCGCUUGGCAGAAAUCAUCAUCUGGGCGGACAUUUCCAGUUGAAGACCCCUCCGAUCAGCAGAUUUUAGCUCGUGUCGCCGACUGCGACGUAGACGACUAUGAAAAUGCAAUCCACGAAGCGCACGCCGCAUUUGUUUCCUGGAAAGCCACUACACCCAAUGCCAGAGGGAAAUCUUUACGCAGAUGGGCCAACGAAAUCCAGGCUUCUUGCGAUGAUCUCGCCGCCCUGUGUACUCUCGAGCUGGGGAAGCCUUUCAAGGAGUCACUGUCGGCAGUGACCUACGCGAUCAAUUGUGUAAACUGGUUUGCGAACCUGGCAGAGGAAGGAUGCGGUGGAGAGACAGUUCCCAAUUCCGGAGGUCAAAGUAAGACGAGAAUCUUCACAAUACGACAACCCGUUGGAGUUGUCGGUGCCAUAACGCCCUGGAACUCUCCCUUUUCGGGCGUUUUGAAGAAGAUCGCACCAGCAAUCGCUGUUGGCUGCACAGUUGUCCAUAAACCAGCCCCAGAAACGGCACUAUGCGCCAUAGCGCUUGCGAAGACUAGUGAACGUGCUGGAAUCCCCGCGGGUGUAUACAACAUGUUGACAAGCUCUGCUAGAGCGGCAGCAGAGGUGGGCUCGCUUUUUAGCUCCCAUACAAUGGUCCGUCAUGUUACAUUUACAGGGUCAACGGGUGUGGGUCGGUAUCUGGCGGAGAGAUGUGGUGCAAACUUGAAAAAAGUGACGAUGGAGCUUGGAGGCAAUGCUCCAUUCAUUGUAUUUGAUGACGCUGAUCUAGAUCUAGCUGUUCGAGGUCUUCUUGCAUGCAAGUUCACCUCCUCUGGUCAGGUAUGUAUCUUUGCCAACAGAGUUUUGGUACAUACGAAUGUUCAUGACAUGUUCCUGGAGAAACUACAACAUUCAAUCCAGCAAAAUAUCCGUCAAGGCUCACCCUGGGACCAACACACCACGCUCGGACCUCUCUACGCAAGGCAGGGUGCGGAAAAAGUUGACCGGCUGGUCAAUGACGCUAUACUCAAAGGCGCUGAGUGCCUGACCUCGGGCAACUACGAACAAGGAUCAACUUACUACCCUGCAAAGCUCCUGAUCAAAGUGACCGGCGCUAUGGACAUCUCCAAAGAAGAAAUAUUCGGCCCUGUGGUAGCAAUUUCUGCCUUCCAGACGGAAGCUGAAGCCAUCGAGAUCGCAAAUUCCGCUAAUACUGGACUUGCAGGAUACGUAUAUACGGAAAAUAUUUCGCGACUUUUCCGGAUAGCAGAGGCAUUGCAGGUCGGUAUGGUGGGUGCUCGCACUGGAACUAUUAGCGCUAUCGAGCAGCCCUUUGGAGGCAUCAAAGAUAGUGGAUUGGGGCGAGAAGGUUCAAGACAUGCAUUGGAGGAGUACACUGACCUCAAAGCGAUAACAUUGGCGCUAUAG